UACCUUUGUGCGAUGCUGGGUGUGAUGUACACAUGGCCGUCAUCUACUCUCGUUCUGUUCUCUUCUGCGAACACAACCCUGGACCGUCCUAUGACGGAGACUGAAGUGGCACUCUUGGGCAGUUUAUCUUCUAUCAGCGCGUUGAUAAGUACACCAUUUUCUGGCUAUCUUCUUGAUACUUUAGGAAGGAAGUAUUCUUGUAUGCUGUUUGCGUUAUCACAAGUGCUAGCAUGGGUAGUGGUAUCCACUUGUUACAACGUUGUAGCUAUCCUCACAGCGAUAUUCAUCUCCGGAUUUAGUGGCUGUAUGAUGUUAGUAGUACCCAUUUACGUCAGCGAAAUCUGUCAAGAAUCCAUCCGAGGUACUAUGACGUCAGGAGUCAUGGUGUUUUAUGGAUUGGGUAUGCUCGCAUCAUAUCUGAUGGGUGGAUAUUUGACUUACGAAGCGAUGAUCUACGUGUGCCUGUCCAUGAGUGUACUUGGUGUUGUACUGCUGGUACUUUUAAAGGAAUCUCCCAUACAUCUUAUGAGGAAAGGAUUAGAUAAGGAUGCUGCAAAAGUAAUCGCUUACUACAGAGGUGCUAAAGUGACGUCAAAAAUUGUCGAAGAAGAAAUACAAAUGAUACGUCGAGCUAUGAAUCCUGAUCUUGAUGAUUUGACGCCAGAGGUUGAAAAACUACAGCCAGAAAUGAAAGAAAAACCCAAGAUGUCGGCUUGGAAAUUCUUUAAAAAGUCUCGUUCGUCACGUCGUGCACUGAUGGUAGCCUUAGUGCUAUACACAGCAGCUAUCUUCCAAGGUCUGAUGGUGGUGCAGGUUUACGCUGAGCCUCUCUUCGCGGAAGCAGUUCCUACAAUGUCUCCCACUAUAUGCAGUGUUAUAUCCGCUAUAUUGACAGUUGUGUCUGGCUUUAUUGCUGCCUUUUUAAUGGAAUGGGCUGGACGAAGGUAUCUUAUGAUUUACGCAUCAUUAGGCGCAUGUGUGAGCUGCGUGGUACUUGGCACUCAGAUACACUUGCAUUGGGGCCCGCAUUGGAUCACCGCGAUGUUUAUGUACUUGUUCGUCAUUAUGUACACUUGUGGAGCGGGCACUGUGCCUUUUGUAUUAGUCGCUGAGAUAUUCCUACCUGAGAUCCGAAGUAUAGCGUCAAUGAUCGCAGUGGAAUGGUGCCUUAUCUGCAGUUUUGUAGUUCUCUUCUUGUUCAACCCUUUAGUGACUGCUAUAGGCUUAGGCCCCGUGUUUUACUUCUUUGCGGCCGUCUGCUUACUCUCUGCUGUGUUUUCCUUCUUCUUUGUACCGGAAACUAAAGGAUUAACAGUCGAUGUUAUACAAAAUCUAUUUGCUAGCCCUAGAAAAUGAUAAUUAUAUUAAAACUAGCUUCGCCCACGACUCCGUCUGUGCGGAAUUUUAAAAAAAACCAAGUAGCCUAGGUUUUCUGCCAGGUUAUCUACAUCUAUCUCAAAUUUCAUCGAAAUCUGCUCAGCCGUUUAGGCUACAAACUCUAACAAACAUCCAUCCAUCUAAAC